AUGUCAGCCCCUACAAUUGUCUACCGGGACGGAUCCAUCAUGACUUUCACCGAACGAACGACGAGAUGCUUGGGCAUCUUUGCCUUGGCGCUAUCAUCAUGGGCGACAAUGGCUCAGGCUGCGCCAGAACCCGAAAUCCUCAUGCCUCGACAAUUGACGCAGAACCUCUGCUCUAAUACGAACACGGCAUCCAUGAGCGCAAAUCUCAGCACAUGGCAGACGAAUGGACUAUGCACCGACUUCUGUCGAGACAAGAACUACGCCUUUGCCAUUGUCCAGUGGCAGUCCUGCUGGUGCUCUGAUGUCGCGCCGGCCGCGUCCAGCGAAGCCGAAGUGAGCGACAAAUGCAAUGAUAUCUGUCCCGGCUACGACAUCGAGCACUGCGGCUCAAGGCCCAACUACUACGGAUACCUGACGCUGGCGAAGACUCCUACCAGCACCGCCGGCAGCGGAGGUGACAGCUCGUCAUCGUCCAAGGCAGCAGCCAGCACUACUACACAAACUUCGAGUAGUAGCAAACCGAGAUCGACGGUUCAAACGGUGACAGCCGACGGAACCGUGAGGACCAUCUUCGUUACGCCGACUGCCACGGGCACCGAGGGAGCAACGGGCGCCUCCGAACUGACGCCCGGCAGCCAAUCGUCGUCGAAUGGACCCAGCACCGGUGCUGUUGUUGGAAUCGUGGUCGGUGUUAUUGCCGCUGUUGUGGCCAUUGCAGGACUGGGACUCUUCUUGUUCUUCAGACGUCGGAGACAGCAGCAAAACGAGAACGACAAGUACGACGAGCCUAGCCAUCGUGGUAGUUCCGCCGGCAUGACCGGCUCGCCACGAAACCCCGAAAUGGUUGUCACUGUUGAUGGAGGACGAUGGGAUCCCGACGCCUCAAGCGAUCAUCGCCGGAGCCGCCUUCUCGCUCAUGACCCUCGCCUGGAUCCUCUUCCGAGAGGCCUCUACGUGCACAACAAGAGUGCAGAGAGUAUUAAUACCCUACGCGACGACCAAGAUUACUCCCGCAAGGUUCAUCAACCAGUCUUGCGGGCGACCAAUCCGGAUCCUGACACUUGA